AUGAGUGAGGAGGAUCUGGAUCCCUAUGCAAUUGAUGACUCUGAAGAUGAUUUUAGGCCGUCUGAUUAUAGUUCAGAAAGCAGUGAUGAAGAACAACCAAUACAAAAAAAGGUAAAGUUGAAUAAAACAUUGUCUAACCGAAUUUCUACUUCAACAUCUUCUCAUGUUGAUGAAGUAAUAGAAAAUGUUGUUUCACAAGCAAAUGACGAAUCAUCAGAAGAUCAGAAUAAUGAGGAAGACUCGCCGACUGAAACUCAGUUCACAUGGACUGCUGUGACAGGAAAACACCUCAAGUCAUUUGAUUUCAAUGCAGUGGAAACUGGCAUUUCACCUGAGGUAGCGGUUACUCUGGCAAAUAAAAAACCUUACGAUUUCUAUAAGUUUUUCCUUAGUGAUGAAAUAAUCGAAUUCAUUGUCAGUGAGACUAACAAAUAUGCUCAGCAGACGAUAGAAAAUGAAAAUAGAACUCAACAUUCUAGACUGAAUAAAUGGAAGCCCAUAACACCGGACGAGUUAGAAGUUUUUCUGGGUAUGAUUAUUUGGAUGGGGUUGGAUAGAAAACCGCGUCUAGCAGACUAUUGGUCCAAAAACAUUCUAUAUGCCAGUGAAGUGAGCCAUUUCAUGUCUCGAAACCGUUUUGAGCUGAUAUUACGCAUGUGGCAUUUUUCUGAUAACAACCAAUGUCCACAAGGUGACCGUCUUUUCAAAAUUCAACCCCUUAUUGAUCGCUUGCUAGAAAAAUUUCAAGCAGCCAAUACCCCGAACAAAGAAGUUUGCAUUGACGAGACACUGGUGCCAUUUCGCGGACGCCUUUCGUUCAAACAAUACAUAAAAAAUAGAAGACAUAAGUUUGGUAUCAAAUUAUAUAAAUUAUGCACAGAAAAUGGCUACACUUUCAACCUGAAAGUUUACUGCGGUAAAGAUGUUACCGAACUAGGAGUUCCAGCGUCAUCUUCAGUUGUAAUGACACUUAUGAGAAAUGUUCUGGACUCAGGUAGGAUACUAUACACAGAUAAUUUUUACACCAGUGUAUAUUUAGCGCACCAGCUACAAAACAGGUCAACACACUUGGUAGGUACUCUAAGAUCCAACAGGAAAAUGAAUCCUAUAGAUGUUGUGAAAGCAAAGUUGAAAAAAAAUGAGGUUAUUGCACGGGAAAGUAACACAGGAGUCGUUGUACUGAAAUGGAAAGAUAAAAGAGAUGUUUUGAUGCUUAGUACAGUACACACUGACGAUAUUGUAGAAGUCCAGGCUGAAAACAAAAAAACUGUACAGAAACCGAAAGCAGUGGUGGAUUAUAAUAAUUGCAAGGCAUUUAUUGACCUAUCUGACCAGAUGAAGUCGUAUUCUAGUGCUCUACGCAGAGGAGUGAAGUGGAACCGCAAACUGGCAGUCGAGUUGAUCACUGGAGCUGCAUUGACCAAUUCACAUAUCCUCUAUAAAGCUAUAACCCAGGACAAAAUACAAAUUACCAAGUUCAAAGAAGAACUCGCAAAAAAUCUUCUUCAAAAAGGUAUUCCACAAGAGAAAGAGGAAGAAGAAAUAGUAGACCAACAAGCGAAGAAAUGUGGCCUGAUAAAGACAGAAGCAAGAAGAAGAUGCACCGUUUGCUACGAAACUCUGAGGAAUAAAAAUGGGAGAGAAUAUGCCAUGAAAAAGUGCAAGCAAACUCCAUACAAAUGCGAUGGUUGUGGGUCAUUUUUUUGUGUUGAAUGUUUCUAUAUAAAACAUAAGUCCAUAAAAAUAUGA